AUUCCAGUUAAGCAAUGAUGUUGUAAACCAAGAAAACUAAGAGGGAAAAGGGAACAAGGGUUUAAGGAGUCCCUCUCCCUCAUCAGAAGGAAAAAAAAAAGCCAGGUCCUUCAAGAAAGAAUCUAACACAGGUUCAGGUCAUGCUCCCUCGUUCUAAUUCCAGUGGAAAGCUUUUUCCAUUUAUCUUUAGCAAGCUUAAAGUUACCCCAAAUGAGCCAUUUGCUCCAUCAUUUCAAGCUUUCUCCUCCACCCGCAUUGUUGGAGAAAAACCCAUUCUUGUUAGGGAUUUCAUACAUUCGGCUUUAUAUGAUCCUAACCAUGGGUACUUCUCUCAGAGGUCAGGUGCUGUUGGUGUGCUCGAGAGGAGCAUAAAGUUCAACCAACUUGAAGGAAGGAAAGCUUACAUGAAACACUUGGAUAAGAUUUAUAAGCAGAGUGGCAUUGCAUGGUUCACCCCCGUGGAGCUUUUUAAGCCAUGGUAUGCCCAGGGAAUUGCUGAAGCCAUAUUGCGUACAGCUAACCUUUCAGUUCCACUAAAAAUAUAUGAAAUUGGCGGUGGAUCUGGUACAUGUGCAAAGGGCAUACUGGAUUACAUAAUGUUGAAUGCGCCUCCAAGAAUUUACAACAAUAUGACAUACACCUCAGUGGAAAUCAGUCCUACAUUGGCUGAGAUACAAAAACAAACUGUAGGAGAAGUUAAUAGUCACCUUUCAAAAUUUAAAGUAGAACACCGGGAUGCCAUGGACAGGAGUGGAUGGGGAGAUGUGGAGCAACAGCCGUGUUGGGUAAUAAUGCUUGAGGUGCUUGAUAAUCUUCCACAUGAUCUUAUCUAUUCUGAAAGUCUAGUUUCCCCAUGGAUGGAAGUAUGGGUUGAAAAACAGCUGGACAGGGAAGGACUAUCAGAACUAUAUAAACCUUUACAAGACUCAUUAAUUAAACGUUGUGUCGAAAUUCUGGAACUAGAUAAAAACGAUACCAAGCAAAGUAGCAUUGUGUCAAAAGCUUGGUCUAAAUUGUUUCCAAAACCACGAAGAUGUUGGCUUCCAACUGGUUGCAUGAAACUUCUUGAAGUUUUACAUGCAGCAUUACCAAAAAUGUCUUUGAUUGCUUCAGACUUCAGUUUCCUACCUGAUGUGAAGGUACCUGGUGAAAGAGCUCCACUAGUUUCAACCAAGAAAGAUGGCCAUAGCUCAGACUACAGCAAUUAUCUUUAUGCAAAGGGAGAUGCUGACAUCUUCUUUCCUACUGACUUUUGGCUUUUGGAACGCAUUGAUCAUUACUGUUCUGGAUGGCUGAAACUGCAAAAGGAUAAAUCAUCCCCGCAGGGGAAAAAGAGGCGAACUAUCACAAUCGAUACAUCUUCAUUCAUGGAAGAGUUUGGCUUGCCAUCCAAGACAAGAACAAAAGACGGAUACAACCCUCUUCUGGAUGACUUCAAGAACACUAAAUUCUACCUCAGCGUUCCCACACAUAAUAUCAAUUAAGUUAUCAACGGUGAAAAUGCGGAAAUGCCGGCCCCUUUGACUUUCAGAAGUAACAGGUUUAUAAUACCUCAAGGUCAUUGUUGAUGGAAUCUGAGUAGUUUGGUGGUCUGAGUCAGUGUUUCCAUUUUCAUAGUAAUAUUGUUAUGCUAUUAAAGUUCACAGAUUUUUUUCCCUUAUUUAUUUCAGCUGUAGAAAUAUUACUUUUUUCCCAUAGAGAAAGGAGGAUAAUAAAUUACUUGGACAGAUUCUUUUC